CUGUCCUUAUUUUUCUCUUUCUUUUUGCUUCACGACUUCCAAGUCCUGAUCACGUUUGUUUUAUCGUUAAAAAAACAUGGGUUUCGAAAAUAUUUGGUACAGCCAUCCCCGCAAAUACGGCCAAGGAUCAAGAUCCUGCCGUUCAUGUGCAAACAAACAUGGUAUCAUUCGUAAAUAUGGCUUGAACAUUUGUCGUCAGUGCUUCAGAGAAUAUGCCACUGACAUUGGCUUCAAAAAGCUGGAUUAAUUUCUUCAAUAUGUUUUUAAAAAAUUACACAAAAUUGUACUUUUUCAAUAAUUUUUUUUGAUAAAGAAAACAAAAAAAACAAACAA